AUGCCGCGCCUCGCGCCCGCGCGCGGCCUCGUCGACGCGCGGCCGCGCGCCCCCCGCGGCGCGCGCGUCGUCGCGGACGCGACGGCGAUGCGCCCGUCGCCGUCGCCGUCGUCGAAAACGUCGUCACGAAUCUCGAGGAAGCCGCGGCGGUCGCGCGCGUCGUCGUCCGCGCCGCCGACGUCGUCCCCGAAGUCGUCGUCGUCGCCGCCGCCGACGGUGCUCGUCGGCACCGGGUUCGUCGCGUCGCCGCGCGGCGUCGGGAAGAGCCCCGGCAAGCCGCCGCCCUCGCCGCCGCCGCCGCGCGAGCCGCCGUCGACGACGUCGGAAUAUUCUUCGAAUGAUGAUCUCGAGUCGCGCGUCGUCGCGCGCGAGGCGGUCGCCAUGUGGGCCGCCGCCGCGGUGCUCGGCCCGCUCCUCGACCACCAGCACUCGCGGUUCGACGUGUUGCACUACGCCGAUCCCGACGUGCUCGAUUUCCGCGCGAUGAUCGCCGCGCAGCUCGCGACGCACGCGGACGUCGCGCGAUGGGCGGCUCGCGUCUCGGACCACGCGAUUCCGAACGAGAAGAUCGCGUCUCUCCUCGAGCUCGUCUUCGCGCGAGAGACGGGCGCGCUAGAGUCCGCGUGGUGGGUCCCGCUGUUGUUCGGCGGCGCGGGCGUCGUCAUCGGCCUCGGGCACACCACUCUGGACGGGAUCCGGCUGACGCGCGCCGCGAAGGAAGACGAGCGGUUCAUCGCCGCGGCGAGCUCGACGACCAAGAACGGCCCUGACGGAGACGCGGCGUUCGCGGAGGAAAAACGCGCGUUCGCGCGUCGAUGCCCGGGCGCGCCGAGGACGUCGUUCGAGCCGUCGUGGCCGGUCGUCUUCGCCGCGAUCUCCGUCUUCGCGACGCAGUACGCCGCGUCCGGGGUGCUGACGACGACGACGCCGCCGAUCCCGUUCCCCGACCUCCCGAGCCGCGCCGCCGACGCGAUCUUGUUCCUCUGGGGCCUCGGCGCGUGGGCGGCGUUCGAUAACACGAAGCAAGGGUUCGCGAUGGCGACGCUGACCGCGGUCGCGGGGCCGGCGACGGAGAUCGUGCUCAUCAACGCGUUUCAUCUGUACGCGUACACGAGCCCGGAUUUUUUUGGGAUCCCGGCGUGGAUCCCGUGGGUGUACUUUUGCGGCUCGCCGGCGGUGGGGCUGCUGUCGAGGGCGGUGCGAAGAGAACUCAGAGACGCGAACGCGCUGCCGCGGCCGACGGUGGAGAUUAUACCGGCGGCGCCGGCGAAGAAGUGGACGCCGCCGCCGCGCGGCGACCGCGUGCGCGGGAGACGGCACGGCGCGACCGCGGUGGAGCAGCCCGCGCGCGGGAAGAUGACCGUGGUGCUCGCGCCGCCGGAGACGAAUAAGAGCGGGGGUGGCGCGGCGAGGGAAGGAGGCGCCGGCCCGUCGGGGCGAGACCCGAUCACCGCUGCCGCCGCCGCGCACGACCUCUCCGCGCGGCCGGCGGCGACCGCCGCCCCUCCUUCUGCGCCCCGAGGAGCGCCGUCGUCGUCGUCGAAGAAUAAGAAGAGCCGCGGUAUAGAUACCUCCGCAGCGGCGCCGCCCGACGCGACGCGAACGCUCCGCGAGGAGCUCGCGUACGUGCGUAACCUCCAGCGCGAAGUCCGCGACUUGCGCGCGCUUCGCGCGAAGCUCGAGGCGCUGCGCGAGGUCGCCGCGUCCGCGGCGCCGCCCGUGCUCCCGACGAUCGAGCGCCGCCUGACGUACCUCGCGCCGGACGGCCCGUACCGCGACGCGGUGCGGCAGAGCCUGGACGACGCCAUCUUGCCCGCGUUCGAGCGGGAGGUUUUGCCGCGGCUGCCGGAGGGGGUGAGGCGACGCGUCGGCGCGCGCGGGCCGGAGACGGCGGCGACGCGCGCGGAGCGGCUCGAGCGGCUGCGCGUCGUCGGGGAGGCGCUGAGGGGCGUGCAGGGGGAGUUGGAGGCGCUGAGGGGGAGGCUCGCGGGGGAGGAGGUUGGGGCGGGAGACGGCGACGAGGAGUGAUGAGCGAUACGGAGGCGGCGGCGGCCGGCGGCCGACGUUGCGUUGAUUGAUAGAUUGACGACGCCUUUUAGUGAUGACACGGUUAGUAGAACCGAUCGAACGCG